AUUAAAAUAAUUUGAAUAAAUGUUUCGAUAUUUCUUUUGUACAUUCUGGUUCAGUUUGAUAAAAUGGAGAGGAUUUGUGAAAAUGAAUUUUGGAAUUUAAAUCUAACAUGGUAUACAAAGGAUCCAAAAUUUACAAACUGUUUUGAAAGAACUAUAUUGAUAUGGAUUCCCUGUGUGUUUUUAUGGGUAUUUUCAUUUGUGGAUAUAUAUUUCUUCAGAAGUAGUAAAAACAAAGACAUUCCUUGGAAGUUCUGCAAUGCCACUAAACUUGGAAUAACAGUGUUUCUUAUUGCAUUGGCUUUUUUUGAGCUUAUCCUACCCCUAUUAUCAAAAACCAUCAUUGUAACAGUGGAUAUAUUAACGCCUAUCUUGAAGUUAUUAACGUUUAGUUUAUCUGCAUUUCUACUAAUUUUCAACAAAAAAAAUGGUUUUGGAUCAUCAGGUCUGCUAUUUAUGUUUUGGUUUCUUUUGGUUAUAUGUGGAAUACCACAGUUGAGAUCAGAAAUACAAAGAAAUAAUUAUCAGGCCUCAGUUUCAUUUCAUUCCCAUGUUGUUUAUUUUAUUUAUUAUGCUGGUGCUAUUGUAAUGUUAAUUUUAAAUUGUUUUGCUGAUGAAGUCCCCAAAAUCACCAAAUAUCCGGGAUUAAAGAAAUUAUGGCCUGAGGAUAGAUAUAGUUUUCCCUCCAGGAUAACUUUUGUGUGGUUCAAUAGUCUUAUUUGGAGAGGUUUUAAACACCCAUUGAAUAAGUCUGAUUUGUGGGAGUUAAAUCAUGAAGAAAGAGCAAAUGAAAUUUUGCCUUGCUUUGAAAAGAAUUGGAAAAGAUGUUCUGAAAGUUACCAUGAGGCUUCAUACAAGGGUGUUUCAGAAGAAGUGACUUUACUUAACUGUCCUAACAAAAAAAAGAAGAAACAAGCUUCAAUUAUACCUGCUGUAAUCAGAACAUUUUGGCCUAUGUUAAUGUGCGGCUCGAUUUUUAAAUUUAUUUUUGAUUGCUUUCUCUUCGUUAAUCCUUAUAUUCUGAAAUUGCUUCUAUCAUUUGUAAAAAAAGAGGAAGAAAGAUGGAAAGGUUACUUUUAUGCAUGUUUGCUAUUGUUUGCGUCGACGAUCCAAACGUUGAUAUUCGCACAAGGCUUGAACAAAAUGUUUAUUGUUGGAAUGCGAAUACGGACUGCCCUUAUAUCAUCAAUUUACCGGAAAUCUCUUCGUAUUUCAAAUGCCGCAAAAAAAGACAUAUCGACAGGGGAAAUUGUUAACUUGAUAUCAAUAGAUGCUGAACGAUUCGUUGAGUUUAUCAGUUCUGUGAAUAUGCUUUGGUCAGCACCUUUCCAAAUUAUUAUAGCCCUUAUUUUCUUAUGGAAAUUAUUGGGGCUUGCCGUACUGUUAGGUUUAAUGGUUAUGCUUGUAUUGAUUCCCGUUAAUUUGUUUAUUGGUAAUAAAAUGAAGAAUCUGCAAACUUUACAAAUGAAACACAAAGAUGAAAGGAUAAAAUUUAUGAACGAAAUACUUGUUGGUAUAAAGGUUUUAAAAAUGUAUGCCUGGGAAUCCAGCUUUGAAAAAAAUGUUCAAGCGAUACGAGAUAAAGAAAUCGCGAUUCUUAAACGAAUUGCUAUGUUAAAAGCAGCUACCUCUUUUAUUUGGUCUUGCGCACCCUUUUUUGUAUCAUUGUCAUCAUUUGGUACAUUCGUGUUGCUUGAUAAAAAAAACGUGUUAGAUGUAGAAACGGUUUUUGUAUCAUUGUCUCUUUUUAACGUUCUUCACUAUCCGUUAAACAUGUUCCCUACCUUAAUUACGCAAAUGACACAAACAGUUGUAUCAAUUAAAAGAAUAAAUAAAUUUAUGAAUACGCCAGAAUUAUGCCAAAAAGAUAUAAAACAUGGUCUUUCCGAUAGUUUGAAUUCAGAGUCACCUAUAUCAAUACAAGAUGGAAAUUUUGAUUGGUUCGAGGAGCCUAUUUUAAGAGACAUAAAUCUUAGAUUUGAGAAGGGAAAAUUGACGGCAGUUGUUGGAGCCGUUGGUUCUGGCAAAAGUAGUUUAUUAUCUGCGAUAUUAGGAGAAAUGAAUAAAACUGGUGGAAAAGUAAAUAUUUUAGGGAAAGUAGCUUAUGUUCCACAGCAGGCUUGGAUAUUAAAUGCAUCUUUGCGAGAGAAUAUUCUUUUAGGGAAACCGUUUGAUAAACAGCUUUACGAAACGGUUUUAAAAAUUUGUGAUUUGUUCUCCGAUAUUAGAACGUUUGAAGCGAAAGAUGAAAUUGAAAUAGGUGAAAAGGGCAAUACUCUCUCAGGGGGUCAAAAGCAAAGAGUGAGUCUUGCAAGAGCGCUGUACUCAAAUUCCGAUAUUUAUUUGCUAGAUGAUCCUUUAAGUGCCGUAGACAGCCGUGUGGGUAAUAAUAUUUUUGAAAAAGUAAUAGGACCAAAUGGUAUAUUGAAAAAUAAAACCAGAAUUUUUAUAACUCACAAUUUAAAACAUUUACCUAAUGUUGAUAGAAUUAUUGUAAUGAAGGAAGGAAGAGUUACAGAAAAUGGCACAUAUUAUGAACUGAUGAAUAAUAAAGGAGCAUUCUCAGAAUUUAUCAUUUUCCACACGACAGAAAUAAGUAACGAAAAAGAAGAGGAAGAGAAGGAUGAUCUUCUAUUUCCUUCAACUUCGAUCUGCUCAGUAAAUCAGAAAUCGGAAUUUCAAAGUUUGUUGACGAAAGGGUUAAAUACAGAAAAAUUAAUAUCUCCAGAAAAAAUUAAAACUGGUACAGUGGAAUGGUCCGUCUACAAACAUUAUUUUAAGUCAAUUGUUCUUUAGCGUUGGUUCCAACUUUUGGCUUUCUAAAUGGUCU